AUGCCUCGUACGACUACAUCGUGGCCGGCGGCGGCACGGCGGGCAUCCGUGCUGCUCAUCGAGCGCGGCGGCCCGGCCCUGUACACGUCCGGCAACCGCGACAGCGUGGCCUGGAACGACACCGUCACGCUGUACGACGUGCCCGGGCUGGUGGACUACAUGAGCCUGGACCCGGACCUCAAGUACUGCAAGGACGUGGCCAUCGCGGCGGGGUGCGCCGUCGGGGGCAGCACGAUGCUCAACGCCAUGAUGUUCGUCAAGCCUCGGGCGGCCGACUUCGAGUCGUGGCCCGAGGAGUGGCACUGGGCCAACGGCGUGGCCGAGGCGGCCGAGGAGCUGUACGAGCGCGAGCCGGGCACGACGCUGGCGUCCAGGGACGGCAAGCGCUACGACGACGCCGCCUUCGAGAUCGUCUCCCGCUUCCUCGCCGCCAACGGCUACAGCGAGACCGACGCCCUCCGGAACCCGGAGGACAAGGAGCUCAUAUACACGCACCCGCCCUGGGCCAUAGCCAACGGCCUGCGCGACAGCCCGGCGCGGUCCAUCCUGCCGGACGCGCAGGCGCUGCCCAACUUCAAGCUCGAGGUCGACACCAAGGUCAUCCGGGCGGUCCGCAGCGGCGGCAGGGUGACGGGCGUCGAGGUCGAGCUCGCCACCGGCCGUCGCGAGACCAUCAAGCUGAACCGCGGGGGCAGCCUCGUCCUCGCGGCCGGCAGCCACUCGACGCCCCGGAUCCUGUUCAACUCGGGCAUCGGGCCGGCCGAGCAGAUCCAGACGGUCCGGACGGGCAGCGUCAACGUGACGCUGCCGCCCCGCGAGCAGUGGAUCGACCUCCCCGUCGGCGAGAACCUGCAGGACCACGCGAUAGCGAGCGUGAGCUUCAACACGACGGUGCCCCUCAUCACCCUCCCGUCGACGGCCUGGACGGACCCGAGCCAGAGGUCGGUCGACCUGUUCGCCCACAGCAGCGGCCUGCUGGCCCAGUCGGCCCAGCGGCUGACCUUCUGGACCAGCGUCGACGGCUCCGACGGCGUGAGGCGCCACGUCCAGGGCACCGUCCGCGCCGACGCCAACAACACCAUCGGCAUCAAGGUCUACCUCACCCACGGCACCACCUCGACCGGCACGCUGGCCAUCAGGCCCGACGGCAGCACGUACAUGCCCAAGCGGCCGCUGCUCAACACCCCGGCCGACGUCGAGGCCCUCACGUCGUACGUCGACUCGCUGCUGGCCAUGGCCCGCCGGCCGGGCAGCCUCCUCCGGCCGGUCGACAACUCGACCGCUGCCGAGCUCGUCGCCGCUGCCAGGAGUGGUAGCCACUACCUCGGCACCACACGCAUGGGCGUCGCCAACGACGGCUCCAGCGUCGUCGACCCGGACACACGCGUCUGGGGCACGGACAACCUCUUCGUGGUCGACGGCAGCAUGCACCCCCACGUGCCUACCGGCAACACGGCUACGCCCAUCAUGGUGGCCGCCAACUAUGCCGCCAAGAGGAUUCUGCAGCUGCACCGGAGCGCUUGA